AGAGGCGGCGGCUGCGGCCCGCUGCGCUGCUGCUGCCUCUUCUCGCCUUCAUCUUAGCAGCUGCUGCUCCUCCGAGACGGGCUCAGCAGCCUCCGAAGGACUCGCAGCUCGCCAAGCUCCUUGGUUUCCGGUGUGUCAACCAAAUUGCCUCGCGUGUCACCAGUGACACGCGUGUCAUAGGUGCGCCAUCAUGGUUCUAACCAGUCUAUGCAGAAUUUAUACGUGAACGGAGACAGAUACACGAACAAGCAAACACGCCUGCCCUUUUGUAGUGGAGAUGCUACUUCAGAUCUUUAGGAGGAUGGCAGGAAUGCAACAUAUUUUAAAUACCAGUUAAUAUGCCAAAGAAAAAACCACGACAAGAAUCAAAGAAAUCAGAAGGAUGUAAAACCAAGUUGCAAAUGCAUAAUAAAUGGCUUCCUCCUGAAAUGCCAGAUGUAUCAAGAAUUUUGAAAGUUCCUGGAAGUGAGCAAGAAGAGGAGUCUGAUGAGAUUUUUAAUUUACCCUUGCAUAGUACUGCUGUGUCUGUUUACGAAGAUGAAGAAGUAGAAAAAGACCAACAUUCAGAACAUGAUGAGUCCAUCAGUAAUUCACCUGGCAACAGUGAACUUCGUGCUCCUGCCAUCAGUAAGGUAGCAAAACAAGGUCACAAACAGAAAAGCAAAAAUCAACUUGCCAUAAAAUCAAGGCGAGUGAUGAGAGAAGAUACUGAAUCAGAAAUGGUAGAAGAAAAUAUGAUGUCUAUGGUGACUGCUAAAUCCCCUGUGCAGCAAGAGGAGGGAUGUUCACCAGAGAUGGGGGCAGAAAACACUGAUCCAGAUGGUGAUACUACGCAUUCAGUAAAGAUUUGGCACCCCAACAGGGUUUCAAGGCAUGUCACUGAAUCGGAUGUUAUUCUGGAUGAGUUCGAGAAAAUAACAGUCCAGUACAAACGGGAAGUGGAGAUCAAAACAAUUAGGAAAGCUAUCGAUAGCUUUUAUAUUGGUUUCAGAGACCAGAUCAUCAAUACUAGCACAGCAACUGAGGAAUUGAGGAAAACAAAGCUGAAAAGAAUAAAGAUGGGUGGAAAGAUAAAUAAGAAAAGGCAUCGUUUGAUAGAAGUUAAAGAAGAGCUAAUUAGAACUGAACCACAGCUGAAGAAACUGCAAAGAGAAAGCACUGAACUAAAAAAGAAAAUAUCAUCUCUCAGAAAUGCAAGGCAGUUACUAAAAAAUUUAAAUGACCUAAUACAUGAAUAUGGCUGCAGCCAGAAGAAAGAUCCACAAGGAAAAGUAGUAUAUGGAGUUCAGAGUCUUCCUGCCCUCUUGGUGGAAUCACGAAGGAUUUUAGGAGCUGAAAGUCACUUUCAAAAUAUAAACUCAAAAUUACAACAAAUGUUGGAUUUGCAGAACAAGUAGAGAAAAAAUGAAAUACAAACAAUAAUGCAGAACUUUUAAUAGGACAAUUAGUCUUAAAUGUUGAAACAGAGAAAUAACUCAAUAGACCUGCAGAGCACCAAAAUGGCUUAGUAUACAACUGCUUUGACUGCAUAUUGUAUCAAGCACACAAGCUUGGCACAGAUUGCUGCAGCUUUUUAAUUUAUGUGCAAUGUGUGUAUGAUUUUGCUAUUGGUGUAUUUGUCAUAUUCUGAUAUCAGGUUUUUCAGCACAUGAGCAGUAAUCUUUUCCAAAAUAAUUCUUAAGAAGGUAUAAAUUAUUGUCACUUGAUUUGUUAUAUGCUUAGUGAAGGUAGGACAGACCAAACUCUGGGAAAUUCUAUUACUUCAGAAGCUUUUCUGAUGAGCUUAGGAAUGACAGAAGGCAAGUUGUAUGCAGAUACUUUUCUGUCUUCUCUCUAAGUAUUAACUAGUAAUCCAAUAAAGCUAAUUUUGAUAUUUUUGCGUAAAAAUGCAGAUUGUACUGAUGUGUAUAAGGAAGUGUUAUUAGUGUGUUUCAGCUGAAAUAAUAAAUACAAUAAAAGAUAAUAGCUUUUCAUUUGA